AAGGGAAAUGCCGCUCCACCAGUUACAAGAGUUAAGAUUGUAAUUGAGGAAGGACGUUUGUGUUUAGGAACUGAGAGCAAUGCACGUUAAUCAUUUUUAGACAUCUGUUUAUAAGGAGUGUUUGAAUAAAAUCAAGUCUGCCAGCCACUGAGCCUCUUCACUGCAGCAGUUGGGGGUUGAAUGUCGUGCUCAAGGGCACCUCAGUGAUGGGAGGAGCAAGCUUGUUCUUCUGUUUCACUUACACAUUAAAAUGCAAGCUUCAUAAAAUACUUGACAACACAGAAUUUUACUUAUUUAAGAAGCGACAAUGCACGUUAAUUAUUAAAAGCAUUUUAGUUGAUCAUGCAUGUGUGCCAUAUUUAACCAUAGAGGCUAAUUUUCAUCUGCAGUUCAUGGCAUUAAAAAAGACAUAGAAAAAGACAUGAGCACAUUUUAAGACAAUUGCACAAUUAGCACAAUUACAGCACAUAUUAAAGCACAUAUGCCCAAUUAAAAGCACAUUAAUACAACACAUAAACACACAAUAGACAAAAAAACACGUACAUUAGCACAGAUAAAUCUAAUAGGCACAGAUCAUUUGAAAAAUAAGGAUGAAGCCCAUAGUCAAAAAGCUCUUGUGCUCUUAUUUUCAAUUUGUCAACUAGAUGUAAUGUCUUGUUUUUGCCACAUGGUGUCUCUAUUGGUCACAUAAUCAGGUAAAACAACAAGUAAUUUUUGUCUCUGCAGCUAGUUUCAUGUGAUGACUUCUGUGUGACUUAGAGAACUGAGAAUAGGAGUGAAAGGUCUACCAGAGAAUAACACUUUGAAAAGCCAUUCCGCUACAUUACUCAGAAAAUGGCACAGUUUUAUCCACAGCCUCUCCUGCUAUUAUUGCUGUUAAAUAUAUCAGAGUGCAGAGGUGGCUCACUAGUGUUAGUGUCUGCUUCUCUAGGAGAAGACGUAGUUCUCCCUUUUUCUGAUCCAGUCAUGACUGAUAAGGACACGUGCUUUAGAGUCAAAUUGAUUAAACAUGCAACAGAUUCCAGUCAGAUGAAGGUGAUCCUUGCCAGGCCUGAAAUAUCCAAAUUCAAGGAUGCUCAACGUGUGAAAUGGCAAGCUGAUAAAAACGGACACAUGUCUAUUACUCUGACAAAAUCACAAAAAUCUGAUGAGGGACUGUACGGAUGUGAAAUCUGGAAAGGCUGGGAUUCUAUUCUUGUCAAAAACAUAUCUUUGAAAGUGAAAGACUGCAAAAACCUCCAGCCAGUAAAGGCAGCUCUCAGCACCCCCGUUACCCUGAACUGCCCUGUGGACAAAACAGCAGGACAACAAGGACCCCCAAAUAUCUCCUGGGCAAUGCUGAAAGGAGGCAACCCGGUACCUUUCAACUCUAAAAGUGAUGCAAUAAAUGGGAAAUCAGUAACUAUCCAGUCUAUGAAUAACACUGACAGCGGUUGGUACAGAUGUAAUUACACGCUUGAUCAAACCCAGCGCUGCUUUGAUAUUAACCUACUGGUCUCAGAAGAGGAACAAGUUGUUGUGGACACAACGGUUCCAGGACUGACAACCAGUGAGAUUAUUUUGGAAAGCGAUAAGGAAAGGAUCAGUGAAGUAUUUUUGGCAGUUGUUGUGGCUUCAGUCAUUACUGCGAUUGCCAUAAUGGCUGCCCUGAUGGGAUUGUUCAUCUACUGCAGACGUAACUCCCAGGCGGUUACACAGCAAACUCAGAGGCCUCCAGCAGGUUCUCCUAUAGAGUAUGGUGGUUAUGAGAUUGUGAACACCCUUUCAGAGAACCGUACAAAUGAUCGAUUCGACAGUCUAUACCAACACUCCCCAGAUGAAAGCCUGUGUACUUUCUGGAAUGAGUAGUUCUCCGUCUGCUCAAGACAUACAAGAAGAUUGACCUUGUGAUUCUCCUGCUUAUAUUUACACAUCAGAAACAUGUAACAUCUUCUAACCUGUAAAGUGUUUGUCUUGUGAGGGAGAGAAACUAAGACGUAUAUGGAGCAGCAUGGAAAAUGUGUACACUGUGAAACAUGAACAAUGCUAGCCUCUGCUUUCACUUUGAAUGUUGAAAAUACUUUAACACUGUUUUGUUAAUUCAUCUAAUCAUCUGUAUUCAUUUAAUUGCAAUGAAGGCCUGUUGAAGAUUAAAAAUGUCCUUUAAUAUGUUAUCCAAUUUAAAUCAAUAUCUGUUGGAUUUUCAAUGAUAAUUAAAAAGGAGUCAUAAGAACUGAUCUAGGAAAGUAUUCUUAUUUAAAACAAUGGAUAGUUGCAAUCAAUGUUAUACAUUUGUAUUAACCUUUAGUUUACAGCCUGUAAUAAAUCAUAAAAACUGUCA